AUGUCGCGGUACUUUCCCCAUACCGCUUACGCGGAAGACCAGCCCCUCUCCCACACCAUUCUGACCACACACGUCCUGACACGGGCGAUAACCAUGGGAACUGUGAUCGGCGCCGGCAGCUUCACGGGCAAGGACAUCUACCGUCGCCUCCGGGGCCGGCCGCCGGUAGCCAUAGCCAUGCCCCGCUCCCAGCUGUUCUUCCGCGCCGCGGGCGUCAGCACACUCUGGACGCUGGGCAUAGUCUCCUUGGGCCUCGUGGGCCGCAUGUGGGGACGCGAGGAGAUCGAGUGGCAGGACCGGUCCUGGCGGCUCUUGGAGAACCAGGGGCAGGUAGAGUGCGAUGACUGGACGUAUGGGGGUAUGGUUGCGGGACUGGGGGCAGCGGCGACGGUUGCUAGGCCGAGAGGCCUUUUGGGAGUCCUCGGUUUAGUAGGAACGGGAAGCCUCGCGGGACGAUGUAUUGAUAAGCGAGAAAACGAGUUUGUACCGCAGCGCGAGUUGGAAAUGCUCAGGAGCUCGGAAGGACACUCAGAGGCCAGGCCGACUCAACUCAUGCUACGGCUUGUAUGCUCGUUUGGGCUUGGCGGCAGCGGUUUUGUUUCUUGA